UCCAGGUUGAAUAACACUCAUCAUGUCUUUGUUCUAUACAGAGGGAACUCCCGACGCAGUGAAAAAUGCCAAGGGCCUCCACCUCAUCACCACCCUCACCCCCAAUGGCAGGAAAGUUCACAUCUACCUCGAAGAGCUGAAGGAGGUAUAUGGUCUCGAAUGGACCACUAGCUUAAUCGACCUCGAUACCCUGGAGCAGAAAAAGUCCUGGUACCUGAAGCUGAAUCCAAAUGGCCGUAUCCCAAUCCUCAUAGACAAUACUCACAAUCCACCCCAUGUGGUCAUGGAAUCAUCCGCAAUCUUAUUCUAUCUUCUUGCUACUGUCGACAAGAACAACGUCUUCGGGUUCUCUGAUCCGAUCGAGCACAGCCAGCUUGUCCAAUGGACCAUCUUCUGGCAUGCUUCCGGUCAGCCCAUCCAGGGACAGUAUAACUAUUUCCGCCGGAACGCGAUUGACGAAAGUCCUCAUGCGGCACAGCGUUUCAAGAAAGAAGUCCUCCGUGUAUAUGGCGUCCUGGAACUGCAUCUAUCAGGCAAGCUCACUAAAAGUCCUCGGGAGUAUCUCGCAGGGUCGGGGACAGGAAAGUACAGCAUCGCGGAUAUCAAUGCAUGGUCUUGGAUGCGCACGUUCAGGACUAUUGGGUUUGAAGAAGAAGAACUGGCUGAGAUUACUCACUUAUCUGCAUGGGUGACACGUAUAGCUGAACGACCGGCGGUGCUUCGUGGACUGGGAGAGGCAUACGAUGAAGAGAUUCACCCCGAGUUGCUUAUUCGCACAGAGUGAUUUGUUGGGAUCAGCAGGCUGUGGGUGGAUUCUGUGUUUUUCUGUGGCCUGGUCAUGUCUCAGCCAGAUCCAAUAUAGCUUAUAUGUUCAUUUGGAAAUGGCAUGUGAAUGGCCAUGAAGCAAACCGCCCAGUUGAACUGGUGGAUGUGUGGUGCAUCACGUGGUGUGCAGCAGUUUGCGUGAAUGAGGUCUAGAGCGAAACGAAGCAACGCGACGCGCACCAUAUUGCAGGUAAUGAAAGAGAGAUUCUGGUGCAAUUGAGUUCAUUAAUAUGAUUGUCUGAACGUUUUCCCCAUCCUGCCUUCUCCUUACUAUCCCAUCUUACCCCCCCUAUUCUUUCUGAUUCAAG